AUGGCCUGCACCCUAGCAUCACUCUCUGCCGUGGUCCUCACCAGGGCGCUGCUGAUCGCGUCCGGCCUCGCCAGCGCCGCCGCCUUCCCCUGCCUGCUCCUGGGCUCCGACUACUUCGGCUGCUGCCCGAGCCCCGGCGCCAAGCGCCUCUGCCUCCGCCUGGCCACGGGGCUCGGCUUCCUCGCGGGGGGCGGCGGGGUCUCCUCCUCGCCCUUCCGAGCGGCGGCCGGGCCGGGCCGGGCGCUCACGCAGCGCUGCUUGCUUGCAGGCCUGUCGUCCUCGGCGGGCUCGGCGCGGUACUGCGCGUACGCGUACUCCCGGCACCAGCACGAGGACACAGACAGUUCUGGUGCCACUGUCCUGCACCUCGCAGCCCGCUUUGGUCACCACGAAGUAAUAGACUGGCUGCUGCGCUUUGGAGGCAGCGACACCCUGGCAGCCACAGACACAGGAGCCUUGCCUGUUCACUACGCUGCAGCCAAAGGAGACUUCCCUUCACUGCGACUUCUCCUGGGACACUCUCCAAGCACAGUUAGUGCACAGACCAAGAAUGGUGCCACACCCCUCUACCUAGCCUGCCAGGAAGGCCACCUGGAGACUGUCCAGUACUUGGUGAAGGACUGUGCAGCUGAUCCCCACACACGCGCCAAUGAUGGGAUGACCCCCCUGCAUGCCGCUGCCCAGAUGGGCCACAACACAGUCAUCGUCUGGCUGAUGAGCUUCACGGACAUCAGCCUCUCGGAGCAGGAUGACGAUGGUGCCACUGCCAUGCACUUCGCGGCCAGCCGUGGCCAUGCCAAAGUGCUGAGCUGGCUCCUGCUGCAUGGGGGCGAGAUCUGCACCGACGCCUGGGGUGGCACGCCCUUGCAUGAUGCAGCUGAGAAUGGGGAGCUGGAGUGCUGCCAGAUCCUCGUUGUGAAUGGCGUUAACCUGGGGGUGCGGGACCACGAUGGCUAUACAGCUGCCGAUCUUGCCGACUACAAUGGGCACAACCACUGUGCCAAGUACCUCCGCACUGUUGAGAACAUGAGCAUGGAGCACCGUGUCCUGUCCCGUGACCCCUCCGCUGAUCUGGAGCUCAAGCAGCCUGACUCAGGCAUGUCAUCACCCAACACCACUAUGUCAGCUCAGCAGGCUCACUUUGACAUCGGGUCACCCACCAGCACCUUGUCCAACUAUGACUCCUGCAACUCCAGCCAGUCCAGCACGGGUGAGAAGCGUGGCUGCCAGCAUGCCAGCCAAGGCACCAGGAUUGCCAUGACAACCAUCACAGACAUGCAGGCGUACAUGGACAUGCUGAACCCUGAGAUCCGGCCGGGUGCAGACAAGAAGUUGAGCGAGGCCUCCCCACCCCCUCCCAACAACCUGCGCCAUGUGGAGAGUGAGGUGCUGAAGAAAGAGCUGACCUCCCGAGACAACAGCCCCGAAGGCCUGAGGCGGGUCGACUCCAGCAGGAGGUCAAGGAACUUCAGCAAGCAGCCCAGCACAGGAGACUACUACAAGCACCUGGGCAGCAGUGCAGGGGAGCCCCCCAGCACCCAGGCCAUGGCGCACAGUGAAGAGGCCUCUCUGCUCUCCAGCAACAACAUGCACAAUGGGAGCUCGGUGGAGAACAAGUCUGUGGGGGAGCUGCUUACCCCACCACCCCCACCCCCGCCGCUGCCAACGGAGACUCAGGUGCCUGCUGCCAGCCAGCGCCGUGCAUCCUCCUCCACGGGAAGUACCAAGUCGUUCAACAUGAUGUCCCCCACUGGCGACAACUCUGAGCUCCUGGCUGAGAUCAAGGCAGGGAAGAGCCUUAAACCAACCCCACAGAGCAAAGGCUUUACCACAGUCUUCUCAGGCAGUGGCCAAGUGGGGGCCAAUAUGGAGAUGCCAGCCUCCUCCCCAUCUCCUGCUCAGACGCCAACCCCGCCAGCCACCCCAGAUACCGCUGUCAGCUCCGCAACCACUGGCUCCCCUGAGCCAGUUGUCAAUGGCACCAUGGCACUACCUGCCUCAGUUCAGAGCAACCAGGUGGACAUAGAGGCCCUGAUCCCAACACAUGAUGAGCAGGGCCGGCCCAUCCCUGAGUGGAAGCGGCAGGUGAUGGUGCGCAAGCUGCAGAUGAAGAUUCAGGAGGAGGAGGAGCAGAAGCGGAAGGAGCAGGAGGAGGAAGCACGCUUAGCCACGAUGCCAGCCUGGAGGAGAGACAUCUUGCGGAAGAAGCUGGAGGAGGAGAGAGAGCAGAAACGAAAAGAGCAAGAAAAGCUGAAGCGGGAAGAGGAAGAGAAGGAGAAGGAGCAGUCAGAAAAGCUAAGGACUCUGGGGUACGAUGAGACAAAGCUGGCCCCCUGGCAGAGGCAGAUUAUCCUGAAGAAAGGGGACAUAGCAAAGCAUUAGUUGCCCCAUGUUCCUGCCUCCCUUGCGUGAAUGUAAGCCCUUUCUUCCUUUGCUCUCCCGUGGCACGAGUUGUUCAGCAGGAGGGGGAAAGCCACUCGCCAUGGCUAUCCAUGUUUGCAGGCCCUGUUAGCAGGUGGCUCUACCCUCCAAGCUGGCAUGGCGCUGGACUGUGGGGCCCCACCAGCAUGUCGCAGACAGAGGUGCUCGUGGAGGAAGAGGGCCAGGUUCCCUUCAUCCCCUCACUGAACAGUCCCCUACCAUGCUGCACCACACUGCUGGCCUCCCUGCCCCAGUCACCUGUUCACUGUGAGCCCCGACUUCUCCUGUGGUAGGUGGCAACCCUAGCGGUUUCCCCAAGCACACUGCUCGUGGGCUCACAAAUGCAGUGCACCUGGGCUCUGCUGCAGCAGCGCCUUUCCCAGUGCUGUCCCAUUGCCCUCAGCCUCUGCCCUGCACUUCAGAUGUACAUUUGUAUUUCACAAUACAGGGUCUUCUCCAGGGCAGCCUGUGGUGGAUGACUCGUCCACAGGCCAGCCAGGGGGGGAGAUGUUUCUUCAGCUGCCAUAUCAUGUUGAGCCCUGCUCCCAUCCAGGGGGAGGGAAGGGAGGGAAGGUGGGGGGGUCAUGUUGUUUUCUAUAUGUUUUUGUCAUGUGUUCGCUCUAGCGACAGACUCUCCAGCUUGUUUCUGACUUAGCUCUUCUGCAGUUUUGCCGAUUAAAACUGUAAAGCCGUG